CUUUCGUCUUCUUCUUCAGCGCCUGAAUGUUUCCUGUUUAAACGUAUCUGCCAUGGCGGCAAAAUCCCAGAAAACCCUCGUUCUGCUAGCGAAUUUAAUCAAGUUUCCUCCAUUAAAAGCUUUUUCUCUCUUAAAUUCUCCAAAUUUCCAUGAAUUUCAACACACACACGAAUCAAUCUCAAUCCUUCUUCGUCUCCUUCUCUCUGGGAACUUAUUCUCUCACGCUCAAUCACUUCUUCUACAAGUAAUCUCCGGAAAAAUCCACUCCCAAUUCUUCACAUCUUCCUCUCUGUUACACUAUUUGACAGAAUCAGAAACGUCAAAAACAAAGUUUCGUCUCUACGAGGUAAUCAUCAAUUCCUAUGUUCAAUCUCAAUCCCUAAACUUAUCAAUCUCUUACUUCAACGAAAUGGUCGAUAAUGGUUUUGUUCCUGGAUCGAAUUGCUUCAACUAUCUCUUAACUUUCGUUGUUGGGUCAUCUUCUUUCAAUCAAUGGUGGAGUUUCUUCAACGAGAACAAAAGCAAAGUUGUUUUGGACGUGUAUAGCUUUGGGAUUCUGAUCAAAGUUAUCUACACUACUUUGAUUGAUGGGUGUUGCAAGAAAGGUGAGAUUGAGAAGGCUAAAGAUUUGUUUUUUGAGAUGGGGAAACUUGGAUUAGUGGCUAAUGAGCGUACUUACACGGUUUUGAUUAAUGGGUUAUUCAAAAACGGGGUUAAGAAACAAGGGUUUGAGAUGUAUGAGAAGAUGCAGGAAGAUGGAGUUUUCCCUAAUCUCUAUACUUAUAACUGUGUGAUGAAUCAGCUUUGUAAAGAUGGAAGAACAAAAGAUGCAUUCCAAGUGUUCGACGAAAUGCGUGAGAGAGGGGUUUCUUGUAACAUUGUCACUUAUAAUACUUUGAUUGGUGGGUUAUGUAGAGAGAUGAAGUUGAAUGAGGCAAAUAAAGUUGUGGAUCAAAUGAAGAGUGAUGGAAUCAACCCGAAUCUGAUUACGUAUAACACUUUGAUUGAUGGGUUUUGUGGUGUGGGAAAAUUAGGGAAGGCGUUGAGUUUAUGCAGAGAUUUGAAGUCAAGAGGUCUGUCUCCGUCCCUCGUCACGUAUAAUAUCCUAGUUUCCGGGUUCUGUAGAAAAGGAGAUACUUCAGGAGCAGCUAAGAUGGUUAAGGAGAUGGAAGAGAGAGGGAUUAAACCGUCGAAAGUAACAUACACGAUACUUAUCGACACAUUUGCUCGUUCGGAUAACAUGGAGAAAGCAAUUCAGCUUCGACUAUCAAUGGAGGAACUAGGAUUAGUCCCGGAUGUUCAUACCUAUAGUGUAUUGAUUCAUGGGUUUUGCAUCAAAGGUCAAAUGAAUGAAGCAUCUAGGCUUUUUAAGUCGAUGGUCGAAAAGAAUUGUGAACCGAACGAGGUUAUAUACAAUACGAUGAUUCUUGGUUAUUGUAAGGAAGGUAGUUCUUAUAGAGCAUUGAAGUUGCUUAAGGAGAUGGAAGAGAAAGAGUUGGCUCCAAAUGUUGCUAGCUACAGAUAUAUGAUUGAAGUUCUUUGUAAAGAAAGAAAAUCGAAAGAAGCUGAGCGUUUAGUUGAGAAGAUGAUUGAUUCAGGGAUUGAUCCAUCUACUUCAAUCCUUAGUUUGAUCUCUAGAGCCAAAAACGAUUCACAUGUAAGCUCAAAAUAAUGAUUAGAGCAGUUUUAAUCUGAGAUAAAUUACCGAUAAUGCAACAACCUAAGCUAUGCAGCUACAUGCAUACACCUAGUCGAGAAAUUAUGACUUGCAUUUUGAUGAUU